GGGCGUGGCAAACCGUGUUAAGGAAAGGGCCUUCGACGCUGUCUAAAAAUGGUGAAAAAUAAAUAAGUCGAAGGAGCAAAUGGGGCGAAAAGGCAAAGCCAAAGCGCAGGUGUUGAAUGCGCGCAGCACCUUCCUUCGGUUGGUUCGUUCAUCUUCGGAAGCAGGCAUCAAUUGAGAACAGCGAAGAAGAAGAAGAAGAGGUCAAAUUUCAGUUAUAAGAGUUCAGACACCGUUCACAGCCGGAUCGCGGGUUGUUUUCAGAUUACGGGAAAAUGAAUGGGUGGGAGAGGGUUAGGUCGUCGAGAUCUGGGUCAGGUGCGGCAGCGGAGCGGAUUCCCUCGUCUCGGACGGUUCAAUUGGGUCGGGUGCAGCCCCAGGCCCCGGGUCACCGCACCAUCUACUGCAAUGAUCGCGAGGCCAAUCUCAUCGUCAAAUUCAAGGGGAAUUCUAUAUCGACUACAAAGUACAAUGUUCUUACCUUUUUACCAAAAGGGCUGUUUGAACAGUUCAGGCGGGUAGCUAACCUCUACUUUCUUAUGAUCUCAAUCUUAUCAGUAACGCCAAUCAGUCCUGUGCAGCCAAUAACGAAUAUGGUACCACUGGGUUUGGUGCUUUUUAUCUCCCUUGUGAAGGAGGCAUUUGAGGACUGGAAGCGUUUUCAAAAUGAUAAGGGGAUAAAUAAUUCUCUUAUAGAAGUGUUGCAAGAUCGAAGGUGGGAAUUUGUACACUGGAAGAAGCUGCAGGUUGGAGACAUUGUCAGAGUUAAGCAGGAUGGAUUCUUUCCAGCAGAUCUGCUAUUUCUUGCUGGUACAAAUCCAGAUGGUGUCUGCUACGUUGAGACAGCAAAUCUGGAUGGCGAAACAAAUUUGAAGAUCAGAAAAGCAUUGGAAAGGACAUGGGAUUACUUAACUCCUGAUAGAGCUUCUGAAUUCAAAGGUGAGAUUCAGUGUGAGCAACCAAAUAAUUCAUUGUACACUUUCACCGGCAAUCUUAUAAUCCAAAAGCAAACAUUACCGCUCAAUCCAAAUCAAAUUCUUUUGCGAGGUUGCAGUCUUAGGAACACUGAUUAUGUUGUUGGGGCUGUUGUUUUCACAGGGCAAGAAACGAAGGUUAUGAUGAAUGCCAUGAAUGUUCCUUCUAAAAGAAGUACACUGGAGAAGAAGCUUGAUAAACUUAUAAUUAGUCUUUUUGGUACUCUCUUCGCCAUGUGUGUGAUUGGAGCCAUUGGCAGUGGCAUAUUCAUAAACCGCAAGUACUACUACUUAGAUCUUAAUAAGGCAACAGAAAAUCAGUUCAACCCCGACAACAGACUAACGGUUGCUUGCCUUACCAUGUUUACCUUGAUUACAUUGUAUUCAACUAUUAUCCCAAUUUCUCUAUAUGUUUCCAUCGAGAUGAUCAAAUUUAUACAGUCCACUCAAUUUAUCAAUAAGGACUUAAAUAUGUACCACCUUGAAACCAACACCCCUGCAUUGGCACGUACGUCCAAUUUGAAUGAAGAACUUGGACAGGUGGAAUACAUAUUUUCUGAUAAAACUGGAACUCUGACAAGAAAUUUGAUGGAGUUCUUCAAGUGUUCAAUUGGAGGAGAGGUUUAUGGAAAUGGUAUUACAGAAAUUGAGAGGGGAGAAGCACAGCGGAGUGGCAUAAAACUUCCAGAGGUAUGCAAAUCAGCUAAUGCAAUACGCGAGAAAGGUUUCAAUUUUGAUGAUGAUAGGCUUAUGCGUGGUGCUUGGAGGAAUGAGCCUAAUCCUGAUGCUUGCAAGGCAUUCUUCAGAUGCCUUGCCAUAUGUCAUACUGUACUUCCUGAAGGUGAUGAGUCCCCUGAAAAAAUUUCGUAUCAAGCUGCCUCCCCAGAUGAAGCUGCUUUGGUUAUGGCUGCAAAAAAUUUUGGAUUCUUCUUUUACAGGCGCACACCUACUACAAUACAUGUUCGUGAAUCACAUGUUGAGAAGAUGGGUAAGAUUCAAGAUGUGUCAUAUGAGAUUCUGAAUGUCCUUGAAUUCAACAGUGUAAGGAAGCGCCAAUCUGUUGUAUGUCGCUAUCCAGAUGGCAGACUUGUUUUGUACUGCAAGGGUGCUGAUUCAGUGAUUUAUGAAAGAUUAGCAGAUGGAAAUAAUGAUUUGAAGAAAACUACCAGGAAGCAUUUGGAGCAAUUUGGAUCUGCUGGAUUACGUACACUUUGCCUUGCAUAUAGAGACUUGAGUUCUGAUGUGUAUGAAAACUGGAAUGAGAAAUUUAUGCAGGCAAAAUCUUCUCUUCGAGAUCGUGAAAAGAAAUUGGAUGAGGUGGCAGAACUCAUUGAAAAGCAUCUUAUUUUGAUUGGAUGCACUGCCAUAGAAGACAAGCUUCAAGAAGGCGUGCCAUCUUGUAUAGAGACUCUUUCUAGAGCUGGGAUCAAGUUGUGGGUGCUCACAGGGGACAAGAUGGAAACGGCUAUAAAUAUAGCUUAUGCAUGCAAUUUGAUUAACAAUGGCAUGAAGCAGUUUAUCAUCAGUUCAGAAACUGAUGCAAUUAGAGAGGUUGAAAGCAGGGGUGAUCAAGUGGAAAUUGCACGCUUUAUUAAAGAUGCAGUCCAAAAAGAUCUGGAAAAAUUCCUGGAUGAAGCACGGCAAUAUCUUCAAUCAGUAUCUGGACCAAAAUUAGCUCUUGUAAUAGACGGAAAGUGUUUGAUGUAUGCCCUCGACCCAAAUUUAAGAGUAUUGCUGCUCAACCUGAGCUUGAACUGUAAUUCAGUAGUUUGCUGCCGAGUUUCUCCUUUACAGAAAGCACAGGUGACCCGCCUCGUCAAAAAAGGUGCACAAAGAAUUACACUUAGUAUUGGUGAUGGUGCCAAUGAUGUUGGCAUGAUUCAGGCUGCUCAUGUGGGCAUUGGAAUAAGUGGGAUGGAAGGAAUGCAGGCUGUAAUGGCUAGUGAUUUUGCUAUUGCUCAGUUCCGCUUUCUUGCAGAUUUACUUCUUGUGCAUGGACGAUGGUCAUAUUAUAGAAUAUGCAAGGUUGUUACAUAUUUCUUUUACAAGAAUCUUACAUUCACGUUGACUCAAUUUUGGUUCACCUUUCAAACUGGAUUCUCUGGUCAAAGGUUUUACGAUGAUUGGUACCAGUCUUUGUAUAAUGUUAUAUUCACGGCUCUGCCUGUGAUAAUAGUUGGACUUUAUGACAAGGAUGUCAGCGCAUCCCUUUCCAAGAAGUACCCUGAGCUAUACAUGGAGGGAAUACGAAAUUCCUUCUUUAAAUGGAGAAUUGUUUUGAUAUGGGCAAUCUUUGCAUUUUACCAAUCACUAGUCUUUUAUUACUUUGUGACAUCUUCGAGUACUGUGGCUCAAAAUUCAUCUGGGAAGACAUUUGGCCUCUGGGAUAUCAGCACUAUGGCUUUCACUUGCGUAGUUGUAACUGUCAACUUGCGUCUUCUUAUGGCUUCUAAUUCGAUUACUAAAUGGCAUAAUAUAAGUGUUGGAGGAAGCAUUCUAGCUUGGUUUAUAUUCAUCUUUAUAUAUUCUGCUGUUAUGUUGCCACAUGGUAAUGUUUUUUUCGUCAUAUAUGUCUUAAUGAGUACAUCCUAUUUCUAUCUCACGCUGCUGCUUGUUCCCAUUGCUGCCCUUCUCGGCGACUUUGUUUACCAAGGGGUUCAGAGGUGGUUCUUCCCCUAUGAUUACCAGAUUGUUCAGGAAAUUCAUAGGCACGAAGUAGAUGAUAGCAGUAGGAGCCACUUGCUGGAGAUGAGGAACCAGCUUACACCGCAGGAGGCGAGGAGCUAUGCCCUCUCUCAGCUCCCACGAGAGACAUCAAAACACACUGGUUUUGCGUUUGACUCACCUGGGUAUGAGUCAUUUUUUGCUUCUCAGAUGGGGGUGUUUGCCCCACAGAAGGCAUGGGAUGUGGCCAGGAGAGCUAGUAUGAGGGCACGGAUAAAGAUACCAAAAAAUAGCUGAUUUUACAGAUUUUCUUUUCCUGUACAAAAUUUUCCUUUUUGACAGUGGACCUUAUUAGAAGAAUUUGUAAAAUUAGAUGUGCCAUAUCCCAGUCCAAUCUUAAUUCUUCACAUAUGCUUCCCUCCCAUUUUGUUCCUUUGAACUUUUAUUUAGAUAUUAUAGUGCCAUCAGGCUUGUUGCGGGAGUACCACAGGAUCUAUACGAGUUGACAUGAGCAUUCUUUGAUUGUAUUAAGUUAUUCAGUUUGCGACUCCAUGAUAGUCAACAAAAUUCUAGUUGUAAAUACUGCAAUUAAAGCUUGUAAAAAAAUCUCUCUCUUUCUCAA